AUGGUUGUGUUGUCAAAAACAACAACAGAGCAAUAUCCAUGUCUAAGAAACUUGAAACAAACCACAUUCAUACCUGAAAUCCCUAUAGUGGAUCUCUCCAAACCUGAUGCAAAGAACAUCAUAGUCAAAGCUUGUGAAGAGUUUGGAUUCUUUAAGGUUGUCAACCAUGGUGUUUCCAUGGGAUCUAUCUCUUUAUUGGAAUCUGAAGCUGUUAAGUUCUUUUCCAUGGCUUUUGAUCAAAAGGAAAAAGCAGGACCAGCUAAUCCAUUUGGGUAUGGAAACAAGAAAAUUGGUCAAAACGGUGAUAUUGGUUGGGUUGAAUAUCUUCUUCUGUCAAAUAAUCAAGAUUUCAAUUCCUUCAAACUCUCUCCUGCUUUUGGUAAAGACUCACAGAAGCUUCGUUGUUUGUUGAGUGAUUACAUGUCAAGUGUGAAAAAGAUGGGAUGUGAGAUUCUUGAACUGAUGGCAGAAGGAUUGAACAUUGAAGAAAAGAAUGUGUUGAGCAAGGUUGUAAUUGAUAAGGACAGUGAUUGCAUAUUCAGGCUUAACCACUACCCUCCUUGUCCUGAGUCAAGGUUGAAUAAUAAUGAUAAUGAUGGUGAAAAUGUGAUUGGUUUUGGUGAACACACAGAUCCACAAAUCAUUUCAUUGUUGAGAUCAAACAACAUUUCUGGUUUUCAAAUUUCUCUCAAAGAUAAGAGUUGGAUUUCAGUGCCUUCUGAUCACAAUUCCUUCUUUGUUAAUGUUGGUGAUUCACUUCAGGUUAUGACUAAUGGACAAUUCAAAAGUGUGAGGCACAGAGUUUUAACAAAUGGUUUCAAAUCUAGACUCUCUAUGAUUUAUUUUUGUGGUCCAUCUUUGAGUGAGAAAAUUGCACCUUUGCCAUGUCUCAUAAGAGGAAAUGAAAGAUUAUUAUAUAGAGAGUUUACAUGGUUUGAAUACAAGAAAUCUGCUUAUGCUACAAGAUUAUCAGACAAUAGACUUUGUCACUUUGAGACAAUUGAUGAUUCCUAA